UACAGAAGUGUCUUCAAGAUAGAUUCACAAACCCUGACGUUCAGAUCAAAAAUCAACCCCCGAAAAUGGUGAUAUAUUCCAUACCCGUUUUCACUUAUCCCUUAAAUCAUCUAAUUUACUCUACAAUUUUCCUCUUUGCCCUGUUUUCAGCUCCCCAUUUCUCACUUUCACUCUCUAACAAACCCUAUUUUGCUCCAAACCUUGUUCUGAUUGGUGACGCCAAGUUUACAAAUAACAGCUUUUCUAUUCAGCUUACUGACCCUAAAAACUCAUCUUCAAGCUCUGGAUUUGUGAUUCAGAAAAAACCCAUCAAAAUUCUCAACUCCAAUUCGAGGCCCAUAAGACCAAUAUCAUUUUCCACUGACUUCACGUUCUCAAUUUCACCUCAUAACGGGGAUGGGCUGGCUUUUUUACUCGUGUCCAGGAAGUUUAUUCCGAAAUUUUCAAAACAAAGUUUUGGGGUUUCGAAAGGAAGUCCGUUUUUUGCGGUGGAGUAUGACACGUUUUUUGAUGAGAAUCUGGGGGAUGUGAAUUCGAAUCAUGUGGGAAUCGACGUGAGCAGUCUUGUUUCUGUGAAAACUAGCAAUGUUUCGUCGUUAAAUUUGGUUUUGAAUAGUGGGAUGAAGCUACAUUCGUGGAUAGAUUAUGAUUCGAGCUCAAAACAAUUGGAGGUUAGGUUGAGUAAGUUUGGUCUUGCCAGGCCCUACAACCCACUGUUAGUGCAUCGAAUUGAUUUGGGUGAAAUGUGGAGAAAUGGAGAAGUGUUCGUGGGAUUGAGUUCAUCUAGUGGAAAAUCAAUGCAGAUAAGUAAUGUAUAUUCCUGGAAAUUUAAAACAAGAAGUGUUCCAAAGUGGCUACAUUCACAACCAGUGGAUCCUCGGGUAUUUUCUAAUGUACAUGGUGAGGAGAAAGGAGAGAAUAAGAGAUGGGUCUGUAUUCUGGGAUUUCUUUCUGGUUUGAUCAUGAUGAUUGGGUUUGGAGCCUUGAUAGCAGUUGUUAUAAUGUUCUUGUGGGAAAUAUUUGAAAAUAGGCGGGAGACAAUUGUGACAAUCGCAGAAAAGUGCAUGGCGCAGCCAGGUGAUUUCAAGUACCAAAAGAUCGAUGUAGUUAUAAAUGAUAACUCUGUUGAUGUUAAGCUUUAGAAGUUAGUGUGAUUGUGGUUUAAUUGUGUUUUUUAUGCUUUGUACUGUAAUGUAAUGGGCAAGUUAUAUAGUUUCUUUUGCCCAGGAUGAUGAAUGGAAGCCAGAUGUUUCUGUUGAUGAACAUGAAUGUUAAGUUUUAGUGUUUCAGUUCAUGUUCUUUGAUUUUGCUAAUUCUAGGACUGCCAAGUUCAAAUGCAAACCGUUUUUUGUGA